CUGGCGGAGCAGCAGCCGCCGCCGCCGCGGCUCUUCGGGGAAACCCGGCGCGGUGCGCGGGAGGGAGCGGCCGGGGCGGCGGGGCCGGGCCAAUCGGGCGGCGGGCCCGGCGCGCGGAGCCAGCGACAUGGAGGGGGGCGCGGCGCCCGGCCGCCCGUGACGCGCCGCCGCCCGGCCCGCUCUCGGCGAGCCCGAGCCGCCGCCGGCCCCGCGGCGGAGAUGAGCAGGUCCGCGGCGCUGCUGCUGUGCCUGCUGGGCUGCCACGUCUGGAAGGCGGUGACCAAGACGCUGCGGGAGCCCGGCGCCGGAGCGCAAGAGGUGACGCUAAAGGUGCACGUCAGCGAUGCCAGCACCCACCAGCCCGUAGCGGACGCGCUCAUCGAGAUCUUCACCAACCAGGCCUCCAUCGCCUCUGGCACCUCGGGGACCGAUGGCGUCGCCUUUAUCAAGUUCCAAUAUAAGCUGGGCAGUCAGUUGAUCGUCACCGCCUCGAAGCAUGCCUACGUGCCAAACUCUGCCCCGUGGAAGCCAAUCCGGUUACCUGUAUUUUCUUCUCUGAGCCUUGGCCUGCUUCCAGAACGCUCUGCCACUCUAAUGGUAUAUGAAGAUGUCGUCCAAAUAGUAUCAGGAUUCCAAGGUGCACGGCCACAGCCUCGCGUUCAGUUCCAGAGAAGGGCUCUGAGGUUGCCUGAGAACACCAGCUACAGUGACCUGACCGCGUUUCUCACGGCCGCCAGCUCCCCCGCGGAGGUGGACAGUUUUCCUUAUUUGCGAGGAUUAGACGGAAAUGGAACAGGAAACAGCACCAGGCAUGACCUGACCCCAGUCACAGCCGUCAGUGUCCACUUGCUGAGCAGUAAUGGAACGCCGGUGCUGGUGGAUGGCCCCAUCUAUGUCACUGUGCCCCUGGCCACGCAGAGCAGCCUGAGGCACAAUGCCUAUGUCGCGGCGUGGCGGUUUGACCAGAAGCUGGGAACGUGGCUGAAGAGUGGUCUGGGUCUUGUGCACCAGGAAGGCAGCCAGCUGACGUGGACGUACAUUGCCCCCCAGUUGGGGUACUGGGUGGCCGCCAUGUCCCCUCCCAUCCCAGGUCCCGUUGUAACACAGGACAUUACCACGUAUCACACGGUGUUUCUUUUGGCCAUUUUAGGAGGAAUGGCUUUCAUACUUUUGGUUUUGCUGUGUCUCCUUUUAUAUUAUUGCAGGAGGAAGUGCUUGAAACCUCGUCAGCACCACAGAAAACUGCAGCUCCCUGCAGGACUGGAGAAUUCCAAAAGAGACCAGUCCACGUCCAUGUCACACAUCAACUUGCUGUUUUCACGCCGAGCAUCAGAAUUCCCUGGCCCGCUGUCCGUCACCAGCCAUGGCCGCCCCGAGGCCCCAGGCACGAAGGAGCUGAUGAGUGGAGUCCAUUUGGAAAUGAUGUCUCCUGGUGGCGAAGGGGACCUGCACACCCCCAUGCUCAAGCUCUCCUACAGCACCUCCCAGGAAUUUAGCUCCCGGGAGGAGCUCCUCUCUUGCAAGGAAGAGGAUAAGAGCCAGAUCUCCUUUGAUAACCUCACGCCAAGCGGGACGCUGGGGAAAGACUACCAUAAGUCAGUGGAAGUUUUUCCCUUAAAGGCAAGAAAAUCUAUGGAAAGAGAAGGCUACGAGUCCUCCGGUAAUGACGACUACAGGGGUAGUUACAACACUGUGCUCUCACAGCCUUUAUUUGAAAAGCAGGACAGAGAAGGUUCAGCCUCCGCAGGAAGCAAACUCACCAUUCAGGAACAUCUGUACCCCGCACCUUCGUCGCCUGAGAAAGAACAGCUGCUGGACCGCAGACCAACUGAAUGUAUGAUGUCGCGAUCGGUCGAUCACCUCGAGAGACCUACGUCCUUCCCGCGGCCCGGCCAGUUGAUCUGCUGCAGUUCUGUCGACCAGGUCAAUGACAGCGUUUACAGGAAGGUGCUGCCCGCCUUGGUCAUCCCGGCUCAUUAUAUGAAACUCCCCGGGGACCACUCCUAUGUCAGCCAGCCUCUGGUCGUCCCGGCUGAUCAACAGCUUGAACUAGAAAGACUACAGGCUGAGCUGUCCAGUCCCCAUGCCGGGAUCUUCCCACACCCGUCCUCGCAGAUCCAGCCCCAGCCCCUGGCUUCCCAGGCCAUCUCUCAGCAGCACCUGCAGGACGCAGGCACCCGGGAGUGGAGCCCUCAGAAUGCAUCCAUGUCGGAGUCUCUCUCCAUCCCAGCUUCCCUGAACGACGCGGCUUUGGCUCAGAUGAACAGUGAGGUGCAGCUCCUGACUGAAAAGGCGCUGAUGGAGCUUGGGGCUGGGAAGCCACUUCCACACCCCCGGGCGUGGUUCGUCUCCUUGGAUGGCAGGUCCAACGCUCACGUUAGACAUUCAUACAUUGAUCUCCAAAGAGCUGGAAGGAACGGAAGUAAUGAUGCCAGUUUGGACUCUGGCGUGGAUAUGAAUGAACCAAAAUCUGCCCGGAAGGGAAGGGGAGACGCUUUGUCUCUGCAGCAGAACUACCCGCCCGUCCAAGAGCACCAGCAGAAAGAGCCUCGAGCCCCAGACAGCACGGCCUACACGCAGCUCGUGUACCUGGAUGACGUGGAACAGAGUGGCAGCGAGUGUGGGACCACGGUCUGUACCCCCGAGGACAGUGCCCUGCGAUGCUUGUUGGAGGGGUCGGGUCGGAGAAGUGGUGGCCAGCUGCCCAGCCUGCAGGAGGAGACGACCAGACGGACUGCGGACGCCCCCCCGGAGCCAGCAGUCAGCGCCCACCAGAGAAGAUCUGCCCACGAGGAAGAGGAAGACGAUGAUGAUGAUGACCAAGGAGAAGACAAGAAAAGCCCCUGGCAGAAACGGGAGGAGAGGCCCCUGAUGGCGUUUAACAUUAAAUGAGCUAUCGCAGGGCCACCUGACUGUGGAAUAUAAAAUUGCCAAAUAUCCUUUCUCAUGGAAGCGCGUACCCGUUCGUGGAGGAAACGGAACGGCAGCCCCGCCGUGGCACGGACGUGAACGUUUACUGCAUUCCUGUUUGCCGUGUAAAUGUUAGAAGGGAAUUAAAGUUAUUACUCAGAAUAAAGGAUGACUUUGGUGGAUGUCGCCCCUGCAAGGAGGUGGCUGAAAGUGGCGUCCAGAUGUCCUUCCGGGGACUUGAUGUAUCCGUCACCAGGGACAUUAAGAAACCGCACGUGAUGUCCCUACGCUCUAACGAUCACCUCAGUUCUCCCUCUGAUUCUGGGAACAGAUGAAACUCUUUUUGCAUCGCUUGAGUCAUUUUUAUCACAAUAAUCCUACUGUGAAGCUGUCAUUGAGAACUUAGGUUGGCACGUAGCGUCUCAAGGUAUGCGUUCUCUCGAAGGAAAGCUAUGCAUCGCUGCUUCGUUGUCUGAUUUUGCUUAGAUUUUGCUUUGGUUAGGUUGUGUUUUGGGGUUUGCCUUUUUUUGUUGUCGCUUCAAUGCAAUUUGGUUGUAAAGAGUUGAUUCCUUUGUGUUCAUCUGUUCUGCUUCUCAGCGGUCCAUCUCAGUGUCUCCCUUCAGGAACCGCCGAGUGUCCUCUCGUAACAUCCAAGCCUUUUAAUGAAAUCGUACUGAAAUCUGUAUCAGCUAAGAGUCCACCAAUCCUGGUCCCAUUAACUCCAAGUGCCUUUUUUACAGUGACAACAGACAGUCCCUCGCUUUUUGUUGUUGUUGGUUUUCUUAACCCGUUUAAUGAAACUGCCUGGAUUUUAUACAGUUAUUAAAGGAUGUCCCUUUUGCUUUAAACUGCAUGCUGCCAAGUGCCAUUUGGGGUCAGCAUCCUCAUUUCAACACAGUGUGCUCUCUAGUUAUCAUGUGUAACGUGGGUUCUGUUUAGCGAAGAUAGACUAGAGGACACGUUAGAGAUGCCCUUCCCUGUUCCAUCCCUGUGGCACCAUUAUGGUUUUUUGGCUGUUUGUAUAUACAGUUACGUAUUAACUCUGGAAUCCUAUGGACUCAUCUUGCUCACCCAACGUGGGAGUCUGGAUUGAGCAAGUGGGCUGAAUGUGACUAUUAAAAAAGUUUAAAAAAAAAAAUCUUAUGUACUAUCCAAAAGUGCCAGAAUGACUCUUCUGUGCAUUCUUCUUAAAGAGCUGCUUGGUUAUCCAAAAAUGAAAAUUCAAAAUAAACUCUGAAGAAAAGGAAAA